ACAAGACAAGAGCAUUGACUUGUAGCGUCAGUCGUGAUCUUUAUUUGCACGGCAAUUAGUCUAGUUUACACAAAUUAAUUAGGCGGGUUGGUUAUCGUGUUUGCUCAUGAAUAGAAUGUUGUUAUAACUUGAAUUCAAGGAAAAAGACCUAGCACCCCUGUGAAUUUUUCAGCAAAUAUCAUACAAAAACAGCAAAAAAGUACACACAUUUAAGGCUGACCAACAUGCAUUUGAAUUGUUGGCUUGUCGUCUGCUGCCUGUUGUUCACCGCGGACUCGCCUGCGCAAGGUUUUUUCAGCAUUGGCAUUGACCUAUCAAAGUGUGGCAUCUUUGGUGGAUUGUUUAGACAACCUGCUCCUCCACCUCCCCCUCCUCCUCCUCCCCCUCCCCCUCCUCCUCCUCCCCCGCCUCCACCACCAACAACCACAACUACAUCUACUACCACCACAACUACACCAACGACCACCACCACUUUACUUACGGCCGCUCAGCCUGCGGCCAGGGCCCUUCUACCUAUGGUGGACGGUUCUGCACAAAAUCCGAAUGGGAAUUUACUGUGGAAACCAAUGUUCGGUAAUAUAGCACCAUCCGCCUAUGGGUCGUGGCCAUUCGUCAAUCAGUACUACAUUCCACGAUACGUCCCAGGCCAGUUUAUUAAUAUGCCUGGGAAUAACUUUGUUGGAAUUAGGCCACCAACAUACGGCAUGGAACAGAACAAUCAAGGAGGUGGUAGUGGAAUCUAUGGCCCUUAUGGUUACAAUGGCCUGUACGGCACUUACCCAAAUGACCCUCGUUUGUAUGGAGCACCAAGCAUGUAUCCCCAAAGCGCCAACCCCGGGGGCAGUGGAACUUCAGUUGGACAACCUAAUUCAGGAGAUAACACCGCUUAUAAUUUCAAUGCCGGUCGAAGCAAAGCAACUGAAGUGCCACCCAGUGAAAACUCCUUGGGUUUGGGUUCACUUGCUGGUUUUAACAAACCAGUGACACCAAAUGAAGGGUUAGGAGAUCCUCUAGACAGUUUAAAAUAUCAAUCCAUCUUAGACGGAUGGAAUAAGAGACUCAACUACACUACGUUCGCUUUGUCUGAAGCAGGAGCAAGUGGACCAGGAAACCCAGAGAAUACUGCAGGAGCUUUGCGCUCCCUUGGAGAUGCUAUAGAACAGACUAAAACGAAAGAUAGUUUUGUCGCUCCCAACUUCAAACAAAAUCCGAAUUGGUACCAAAUGAAUUCAUUGGAUGGUAACGUUAGGGAUGAAAAAAUUCAGCCGGAAGUUAACUUGGCUCGGAGAACUGAAUCUUACGUAGUGCGUAAGAGCGGCAGCCAAAUCUAUACCGCCAUCCUCUAGACCUAGCUAGAGAGUCAAGCUGGAUCCAAUAAUUCAAGCUAAUUAUUAAUGAACAUUGUGCGCAACAGCUUGUUCUCAUAUGACGAAAACUUCUGGAUUUAUUUUCAGAUUAAUGAUCGUCUUUAAUUAAUUUUAAUUUUAAUGAUUAAUUUUUUCGUUCAAGGCUAAAAUUUUCGGGUGAUUGACUCAUGAAUAUUUAUGUGCAUUGGUGUUAAGUUGCCUCAUAUGCUUCUUUAAAAUCGAGAAAAAAAAUACAUUAAAAAUUGAUUUGCUAAAAUCAGUGAAAAAUAAGAUGUAUUUGUUUGUAUUGAUCAUAAGCAUAUUUGUACAAUAUGCUUAUGAGUGAAUAUGAGAUUUUAUUAAUGAACGACGAAAUAAAACCAAGAUGUUCAAUUUGUAAUAUGUGCAUUACUUGUAACCUUAGUUCAACUCGCGAGCAGUCCUGUGUAAUGUACCGACGAAUAGCAUUGACGACUCUUCGUGUACUGAAGACACGACGUAGUUUUGUGAGUGUGACGCCCGCAUCACUGGUAAGGGUAAGGUUAAUGACGAGUGGGGCGCGGGAAUACUUUAAUAAAAGUAAAAAAAUACUUCAUCUCUAGUGUAAACAGUUUUCUAUAAAGAUCAUUCGGAUAAUCGUUUCAACCUGGAAACAAAGAAGGGGGAAGAGUGCACGAGUUGAGGCGCACUGUAUAUAACACACCUGUGGUCAAGUCGUGAAGCUCAGUGUGGUGUUCUCGGAAUAAGAUGUUUAUGUUCGUAGCCGCAAGCAUUACAUCUGCCCAAAUUGCGUUUGUGGCGCUUUAAGAAGGAAACAGGGAGCUUACUACAUAUAAUUUCUGGUAAUUCAUUCCCAGUCACAAAUACCAACGCCUUAGCGAUGAUUGUAAUAAAUGCAAUGGUCAAUGCAAUUAGAGAAUGCAAAAAUAUUUUCUUAAUUAGGCAGUAAUACUACCGAUAAAGCUGCACUAUUUAGGUACGGUUGUGCGGAGUCAAGUUUUAACGUGUAUGAAAUCGUAAAUUGUUCUUAAUGGAGAAUAAUAAAUUAAGGAAAUUAAGGAACCACAUGUGUUCACAAAGAGAUAUCCUCUGACAUCUUUGUUUUAUUAGUCUCAUUGAAAUUAGGAGCUCCUGUAGAAUAGUGCAUAACCCAUAUAGCAAAUCAAAACAAUCGUCCAAGUUUGUCUUCGUUUAGCAUUUAUGUGUGAUUUCAUUAUUCUGAGUUCAUUACAAUUUAGAUUUUUGCGAGACGGUACAAACAUUGAGGUCGGAAUCUUGUGCUAGUCCACUUGAAGCCUCGCUAUCGAUAGGCGCGGCGAGAUGCAUGAGCGGCAAAUCGAUACGAUCUCAUCAUGCAAGGACCAGAAUUUUUUGAAGACAUUAAACCAGCUAUUUUAGUAAUGAUCGCGUUAACUGUUAAACCUUACUGAGAGAAAUCAACAGCAACGGGUAAACAUUAAUUUUACUAGGAACGUUUUAUUCAAGACGGGGAAUCGUGGAUCUGGAAAAAGAAAUAGGUUUCUAAGAGAAGUGUUGCAUUAUUUUACAGGCUAAUUAAAACAUGAAGUUGAUAGAGAUGAAUUUCAUAUUGCGUGUCUCGUAAUUUUGAAUGUCGACAUCACAGCAGCAUUAUUUUGGUCCGUCAUCCGAGAAGCAUCAGGUGUCGCUUAUCAGUACGUGCACUUUGUUAUCUUUCAGACGAGGUCAUGUGUACCA